AGCUUGAAAAAUUUUCCUAACUUCGUGUCCGUCACAAAUAUUCCUUCGACGUUUUUGGACGUGUGCUCAGUGGUUUAUUGAAAAUUAAUUAUUAAUUAAAUAAUUCUAAAGGUAAUAAUUAAAUCGAUCAAAUCGAAAGGAAGAAAACUUCCCAUUUUCACGAAAAGGUCGUAGUAAUACCGCAGCACCCAUGGAUAUGGAAGCCGGGCCUGAGCCGAGCUGCUCAAAGCGAAGCAACGGGAAUGAUCCAGCCGAUGAUAAGGAUAACGAGAUGAGCGUUAAGCGCAGCCGCCCCGACGAUUCGAAUGAAUCCUUGUCCCUGCCUGCCGCUCCGGUUGCUGGAGCACAGGACAGCGCAAUGGAUUACGAGAUGCAGGAGCAGCAGCAGGAGCAGCAGCAGGAGCAGCAGCAGGAGCAGCAGCAGGAGCAGCCGCAGGAGCAGCCGCAGGAGCAGCCGCAGGAGCAGCCGCAGGAGCAGCAGCAGCAGCAGGCUCCGUUUCCGCAGCAGGGUCCGUAUCCUCUGGGGCUGCCGUAUUUCAUUAUCCAUUGCCCAGUACAUCCGAAUCGCGUAUAUGUGUUUCACUGGGCUACACUUCGUCAUUUUGCCUACAAUAUGCCAUUUAAUGAUAAAUAUCAUGGACGUGACGACUAAACAUAUCCCCUCGAAAGAAAAACUGCCAGAAACAGGUGGAACAAUAAUAAAUCUACAAACCAAAAAGGGAGUAAAAAUAGCAAACGGGCAACGAUGAACUAUCAAUAAUAAAAUAUAUAAAUUUGUAUUUAUUCCACAAGGAAUUAUACCCAUUCAAGAAAAAACAAAAGAAUAGUAUUGUACCUCUACUUAAUAUGCAAACAUCAAUCAAUUCUUGACUAACUCCUGUUUCGCUGAAUGCUUUCAUCUUUCCAUACUUUCUCUUACCUAUACGACAAUUACUGGCGGAGGUAAUGAUCCAUUUAUCCCUAAAUAAUCCCUUUGAUGAUAUGUAUUGUAGCCAUCAUAUUGUGGGACUAUUAUUGCAAACCAAUGCGGAAGGCUGACCACAGAACGGAUCCCUUGGGAGACAAAGACAAAGACUUCAAAGACAACAAAGAUUCAUUCCCCCACAACACAAUGUUUCACAAUUUAAUUAAUUAAUUAAAUAUUUUCCAUAUAUUGCAAUGCUGUAAACUGGAUUAAUUGGAAAAUUUCCUCAAAGCAUAGACUAAGGUGCCUGCAAUCAUUUUAGCAAUCACCAAUGUCGCCUGGUGUAGCAUAACUACCACAUCUUUGGAUGCGA